UCGAUCAACGUAUUAAAGCGAGAUCCUUCAAGUCAGCAAGAACCUUCGUCAGCAUCACCGACAUGUUGGACAACUGACGCUGGAUCUCCUCUCCUGCAGCGCCAUCCAGAUCGAGUCCCCGGUCUGUAGGCCUGUCGGGGCUUUCAUCCUGAACAUGGUGAAAAUGACCGACGCUGGAAGUUGAGUCUCAAACACAAAGACUCUGAGUGAGCUGGACGCGGGCUGUCCUGUAAUCCCCGCUCGUGGGGUUCAGGGACCAUGUGCGAUGGAGGUGUCGGUGUGGUAGGAGAUGGCGUGAAUAAGUCCCAUGUGUUGUUUGACCGCUUCGUCCAGGCCACCACCUGCAAAGGCACUCUCAAGGCUUUUCAAGAGCUUUGUGACUUCCUGGAACUCAAGCCCAAUGAAUACCGGGUGUUCUACCACAAACUCAAGUCCAAGCUCAACUACUGGAAAGCCAAAGCUCUCUGGGCCAAGUUAGACAAGCGUGCCAGCCACAAGGAAUACAAAAAAGGAAGGGCUUGUGCCAAUACUAAGUGUCUGAUCAUCGGAGCUGGGCCAUGUGGUUUACGUACCGCCAUAGAGCUGGGCUUCUUGGGAGCCAAGGUGGUUUUGCUAGAGAAAAGGGAUGCGUUCUCCCGAAACAACGUGCUACAUCUUUGGCCUUUCACUAUUCAGGAUCUGAGGGGUCUCGGAGCCAAGAAGUUCUACGGCAAGUUCUGCGCCGGAGCCAUCGACCAUAUCAGUAUACGACAGUUGCAGCUGAUGCUUUUGAAGGUUGCUCUUCUCCUUGGCAUUGAGAUUCAUGUUAAUGUGGAAUUCAAAGGCCUCAUUGAGCCACCAGAAGACCAAGAGAAUGAGAGAAUUGGGUGGAGAGCUGAUGUUCACCCCAAAACGCAUCCAGUUAAUGAGCUGGAGUUUGAUGUCAUCAUCGGAGCUGAUGGGAGGAGAAACACACUGUCAGGGUUCAGGAGGAAGGAGUUCAGGGGCAAAUUGGCUAUUGCUAUUACAGCCAACUUCAUCAACCGCAACACGACUGCAGAAGCAAAGGUGGAGGAGAUCAGUGGAGUCGCCUUCAUCUUCAACCAGAAGUUCUUUCAGGAUCUCAGAGAAGCCACAGGGAUUGACCUGGAAAAUAUCGUCUACUACAAGGAUGACACGCACUACUUUGUAAUGACUGCCAAAAAGCAGAGCCUACUGGAGAAAGGCGUCAUUCUGCAUGACUACGCAGACACAGAGAUGCUGCUCUCCAGGGCGAAUGUUGACCAGAAGGCUCUGCUCUCCUACGCCAGGGAAGCGGCCGAUUUCUCCACCAACCACCAGCUUCCUACGCUGGACUUUGCCAUCAACCACUACGGCCAACCUGACGUCGCCAUGUUUGACUUCACUUGCAUGUAUGCCUCAGAAAAUGCAGCGCUAGUCCGCCAGCGCAAUGGCUAUAAGCUGCUGGUGGCGUUGGUGGGAGACAGUCUUCUAGAGCCGUUCUGGCCAAUGGGCACUGGAAUAGCGAGAGGAUUCUUGGCAGGCAUGGAUUCAGCGUGGAUGGUGCGGAGUUUGGCUCAGGGAAACUCUUCUCUGGAGGUGCUUGCUGAACGGGAAAGCAUCUAUCGACUGCUGCCUCAAACGACGCCGGAGAACGUGAGUAAGAACUUCAGUCAGUACAGCGUGGAUCCAGCCACACGGUACCCAAACAUCAGCCUCCACCAAGUGAGACCCAACCAGGUGCAACAUCUGAUAGACACUGGAGAGACCAAGGAUUUGCGCAUUGAUAUGGAGAAUGUGGUCAACUCUUCAACUCCUAAACUCACAAGAAAUGAACUUCUACUUGAGAAGCUUUUGCAAGAGUCCAUCGUGCGCUCCAGUAAGCUGCUGAACUGGUGUCAGAGACAGACGGAGGGCUGCAGAGGUGUCAGCGUGUCUGAUCUCACCACGUCCUGGAAGAGCGGUCUGGCCCUGUGUGCGCUCAUCCACCGAUACAGGCCAGACCUCAUUGACUUUGACUCUCUGGAUGAGAAGGAUGUGGAGAAGAACAACCAGUUGGCAUUUGACAUGGCUGAAAAAGAGUUUGGGAUUUCUCCCAUCAUGACCGGGAAGGAGAUGUCUGUUGUGGUGGAGCCUGACAAGCUCUCGAUGGUGAUGUACCUCAGCCAGUUCUACGAGAUGUUUAAGGACACUGUGCCACCUGGUGAAAAUCACAACCUGAGUCCUGAGGAGAAGGCGGCAUUGUUUGCCAGCACUAAAUCACCCAUCUCGUUUCUCAGUAAACUGGGUCAAAGCAUCGCCAUCUCCCGCAAACGAAACCCAAAGGACAAAAAAGAAAAGGAACUGGAUGGAUUAGGGAAAAGACGGAAGACCAGCCAGGCAGGACAGUCGGAGGAUGAGGAUCUGCUGAGGGUUCAUCUAGACGACAGGCCUUCUAUAGCGACAGCCCUGACAGAACGUAAAAUCAACUCUGCUGCAGCAGCUAACAACAAUAACAAAGUGAAAUCGAUGGCCACACAGCUGCUAGCGAAGUUCGAAGAGAACGCUCCAGCACAGUCUACUGGACUUAAGAGACAGGGAGAUUCCAUGCCCAACCUGGGGCUCCUCCUGACCCCGUCUUUGGCCCCUCUCUCUCUGAAAGAGUCUGUGCGUCUGGCCCCGGUCCCGGCGUGGAGGAAGAGGCGCACACAGUUACAGGAGCAGAUGAGUUUCCGUUAUAAGGAAAGACUGAAGAGUCAAACUCUGCCCAGCAGACAAGAGCAGGCCAGCAGCGGUUCUGAGGUCUUAAGGAGCUGCCCUAAGAAAACUAUUCUCCUCUCUUCCUCCUCUCCUUCAUCUUCCUCAUUCUCUUCAUCGUUUGUUCCACACACACAGGAAGUUAGCCUGCCUAAUGUGGACGAAUUAGAGCCAAUACACAUCCCUAGCAUUCAAGAGAGAGCUGAGACUCUAAUCACUAAGUUUACAGGCAAACCUGAGAGGAAGAACAAGCCACAGGUGAUGAAAAAGCCAUCACGGUUCUUUAUUGAGCAGUGGCUUUUGACCCACGGGUUCAGUCCUGAGCAACCCCUCCUGCCCUCUGACCCCCUGCAUCAGGAGAGGGAGUUUUUGCGAUCUGAUGAUCAUGUGCCUUUACACGUCCCCAGCGUUCAGGAGAGAGCAGAGAGGUUCACCUCUCAGUUUAAAGACAAACCAGCAAAACCAAAGUCAAAGAGAAAGCCGUCACACUUCUUCAUAGAGCAGUGGUACAGAGCGUGUGAUGUGAGCUCUGAUAGCCCACGCUUCUCACCCGGCUCUUUCCGGCAGCAUUAUGUGAAGAUGUGCACAGGGGGUGUGAGCUCACUGGCUGAGCAAAUAGCCGAUCAGCUUCAGGCUCAGGAUGACCCCAGGCCCCUUCUUGAGAAAAGGGAUUUGGGUUCCUUGCGUAAGGAGUUUCCUCAGAACAUCGGCGGCAGUGAUGUGUGUUUCUUCUGUCAGAAACGGGUCUACGUGAUGGAACGUCUCAGCGCAGAGGGAAAGUUCUUCCAUCGCAGCUGCUUCAAAUGCGACUACUGCGGUACCACCCUCCGUCUGUCCUCGUACGCCUUCGACGUGGAGGAUGGGAAGUUUUACUGUAAACCGCACUAUUGCUACCGACAGUCUGGUCUGGCACAGAGGAAACGGCCUGCGCCCGCUCCAGCUCCAGUAAAACCAAAGGAGCCCCAGGUGUCGGCCGUAAACCACAACGCAGUGGACGCCACGGGCCAAGCCGUAACAUCUCAAGCACCUGUGGAGCGCCGUCCCUCAGAGGUGAACGGGGUGGUGGAGCCCAGCGUGGCCAAGCGUCUGAAAGGCACUCCAGAAAGAAUCGAGCUGGAGAACUACCGUCUGUCUAUGAUGAGAGAGGAGGAGCUGGAGGAGGUGCCGGAGGAAACGCUGGCAGAACACAAUCUCAGCAGUGUGCAGAACAAAAACACAGAUGUGGGGGAGGGAUCCAGUAGUUCAGAGUCUGAUAUGGAGGAAGAGGAUGAAGAGCCAGAAGAGGCCGGGCCGUCUGAUCUGGGUGGAGUGCCCUGGAAGGAGGCUGUGGAGCUCCACGCUAGGCUAAAAGGAGGAAGUGACCCUGAGGCAGCAGAAGACGAGGAUGAGGAUGAGGAAGAUGAGGAUGAGGAAGAGUCGUCGUCAAGUGAUGCAGGAGAGUAUUUCCCCUGGCAGAGAGAGAUUCAGUCAGGUCUUUGGCUGGAGAAUCUCACAGAUGAAGAGGAUACGGGUAGAUUUAAAGCCAGGAACCUGCAGAUCCAGCAAUCCAUACAGCCGGUGGACCCUCUGGACAUACGGAUGGACAGCCACUGGACGGCAGUACAGACUGAAGGGAUGAAGGACGGCUCGGUGUCGCCCUCAGGGUCUCAGCCCUCGCUGAACACCCAGCUCACGCAGCCCACCUCCUCCACAGCCCCCUCCCACAAGUCCGUGCGUCAUGAGGCUGUCAGAGCCUGGUUGGAUUCCAUGUCUGGAGAGCCCUGUGAACAGGAGGAUGACCCAGGUGCAAAGGUGGACAGUCCUGACAUGGAGCCGGGCUCUGAACUAGAUCAAGAGGACAUUCCCUCUGACGCUGAGGCUGAAGCUCGUUCACACUGUGUAGAUGAAGCGGUGACGCUUCCUGUGGAUAACAGUAAACCAGAGUGCCAGGGACAAGUUUCCAUAACUGAGAAAACAUCUGCAGCUCCAAGGGAACUGAUUGUUGACGUUGUGCUAUCUCCAAUCCAAAAACCUGCUUUACCCAUUGAGGAGGUGAAAGAGGCUUCUCCUGUAAUAUUAGUGAAAUCUCCAGGAGCACGGUUCUUCCCGGAGCCCUAUUUACCUGAUGAUGUCAAACCAACGAUUCCCUCGCCACAGACUCCUGAUACUAAAAGUCCCCAUUCUCUUGUUGCUCAAAUUCUUGCGGCAUCCCCAAUCUGCUCCAAACCUGCUCCAAACUCAGAAACCGUGUCUCCCGAAUCUCCUGUCCAGCUCCAGCCGUGUGUCUGUUCUCCAACAGGUAAUCCUUUGUCUCCGAUCUGUGCCCAGUCACAACCCUACCAUGAGCCAUCCUCACCCCUUUCCUCAAGCUCCCCGGUCAGGACUCAGCCAAUCCCAGCCAUCACAUCCACUCCUUUAGCCAAACCUGCUUCAGAGAAGAGAACUGAGGAACCCUUUUCUGCUCCGAAAGAAUUAGACGCAACUCCUGCCAAGAAAACAGACCUCAUUGAGGAGUUCUGGUUGAAGAGUGCUGAGAUCCGAAAGAGCUUAGGACUCACUCCUCUCGACAGAAGCCAAAUAACAGUAGAGAAGAAUUUUGUGAAAGCUUCAACCCCUGAAUCAUCUUCACCCAAGUCGUAUACCCCAGAUGACUUAUCUGAAGAACAGAAGCCCACAUUCACAGGUCGAUCAAUCAUACGGAGGAUCAACAUUACUUUGGAAGGACAGGUUGUAUCUCCAGUGGAAUCCAAGAGUAAUGGUUCAGAGAAGAAGGACUUGAGCAGCAGUUCAGGAUUGGGUCUAAAUGGAAGCGUGACCACCAGUCAGACUGCAGCUAGUGACAGCUACAACAACUCUGAUUCCACUAUGCUCACUCCUCCAUCCAGCCCUCCUCCACCUCCACCCAAUGAGGAGCCGGCCCCCCUCAAGAUCAAAAAGCCUCAGGUUUCUUGGGACAACCUCCUGGAAGCCAAUGAGGAGCCCAAAUCUGAGACUGCGCCCUCGAAACCGAAGACUCCAGUCAGUCCUCCUCAACCAAAACCAGUCACGGCCCCAGUGGCGGCUCCUCGAGCUAACCCACCUGUUGUGAUGAGGGUAAAAGAACCAAAUAAACCACGCAGGGAGGAAGUGAGGAAGUCUUUUGUGGAGUGCGUAGACGAGAUACCAUUUGCUGAUGACGUGGAAGACACGUACGACGACCGCACCCCUAAUACAAGCGCUCCGGAAAAGUUUUACACACCACCGACAAGCAAGGUCAGCCGAGAAAAAACACCUUUCCAUCUGCCAUUGGCAAUGGAAAACGGCAAGCCCCACAUUCCUGGAGGUGUGUCCCGGACUACAAAGGCUUCCCAACAGUUUUCUCCAGAAGCCAAGGAAAUAGCAGAAGAACGAAUUAAGGCACGGGAAAAGUCUGUGAAGAGCCAAGCUCUGAAAGACGCCAUGGCCCAGCAGCUCACUAAGAUGAAAGAAUCGGAGGCUGCCAAGGGCGCUGUAGCAAAAGUUGCCUGGAACGUUACCGAGGCAACAGGGAAAAACAAAAAGCAAUUAGAAGCCCCCAAGGACUCUGCUGUAAUGGUCUUGGAGUCCAAAAAGCAGAUGGAGGUGCUCCCUGAUCGUUUCUUUACCUCUCCGGCCAGUACGACCUUAGACAGUUCUGUCACUUCUUCAGAGAGCUCCACUGGAGGCAAAAGCAAGAAACGCAGCUCACUUUUUUCUCCACGUAAGAACAAAAAGGAAAAGAAAGCCAAAAAUGAAAGUAGACUGUCUGGCACUGAAGUGACACCACCCAAGCACAAGUCUUUGUGGAAGGCAGUCUUUUCCGGGUACAAGAAAGACAAAAAGAAGAAAGAUGACAAGUCGUAUACAAGCACACCCUCAAGCUCUACAACUGUAGAUUCAGGGAAGAAAAAAGAGUCUCCUCUGGGCAGGUCCUCAGAUUUACAUUUGCGAAGAAAUCUCAGCUUUUCCGAGGACUCAGAUCUCUCCUGUGAUGAUGUUCUGGAAAGAUCUUCUCAGAAGUCCAAGGCUGAUCAUCAUGUGGACCUGUUUGACUUGGUGUCAGAUUUGAAAAAAGAUGCGAUGAAAGAGGAGAAAGACAAAGAAAGGGAUAAGGACAGGGCAAGGGAAAAGGAGAGAGUUACGGAGAAAGGAAAUGAAAGGGAGAGGGAGAAUGAAAGAAGAGUUAAAGAAAAGAGGAUAAAAGGAAAAGAGGUGGAGUCUGUUUAUGUUCCUCAUGCAUUGGCGUUCAAGAGAUCGUAUGCUACAAAGAAGACGUACACAGAGGAGGAACUCAAUGCCAAGCUGACGAGGAGGGUGCAGAAAGCGGCCCGGAGACAAGCCAAACAAGAAGAGCUCAAGAGGCUCCACCGAGCUCAGAUCAUUCAGAGACAGCUGGAGCAGGUGGAGGAGAAACAGAGACAGUUAGAAGAGCGAGGUGUCGCGGUGGAGAAAGCUCUGCGAGGGGAAGCAGACUAUUGGGGAGAGUCUAAUUACAGUGAGAUCCUGGAUUUGCAUCUGGGUGUUGAGCCCUAUGUCGGGACCCCUCGCCGAAGAGCCCUGUACCUCUGCCCCUGCUGUGCCCCUGAAGGAAUGGGUAAAAAGGAGGAUCCAAAGCUGAUGCAGGAGUGGUUUAAACUGGUGCAGGAGAAGAAUGCUUUGGUGCGCUAUGAAUCAGAGCUGAUGAUAUUUGCUCGUGAGUUAGAGUUGGAGGACAGACAGAGUCGAAUGCAGCAGGAUCUGAGAGAGCGCAUGGCAGUGGAAGACCAUCUAAAGACAGAGGAGGAGCUGGCAGAAGAGAAGCAGAUCUUGAAUGAGAUGUUGGAGGUGGUGGAGCAGAGAGAUUCUCUGGUGGCGCUGCUGGAGGAACAGCGACUGAGAGAGGAGGAGGAGGAUAAAGACCUGGAGGCCGUGAUGCUUUCCAGGGGUUUCAACCUGAACUGGGCUUAACUAAACAAUGACAGUAGAUCGUUCUCUUCCAGGUCACUGGUCGCGCCAGUUGCACUGCAGGCCCAGUUUUUUGUUUUUUUUCAGGCACAUCAACAGCAUUUACAAAUCCGCUCCCAAGCACAUUGAUGAUGCUAACUAGUUCUGUCGCGCCUCACCCCUCGGCAGCCAAGGCAUCGGUCCUCUCAAUCAGAAUGGGGAUUUGUUUGUGUGUGUGUUCAUUUGAUUUGUUUUUUCCACAGUUUUUGGUCUUGCAAAAGGGACACAUCAAUCCUGCUGAUGUCAAGAAAGUCUAAGACUAGUGAAUCCUACACAAACUGAAAACACUACAUUUUCCAAUGAAUGUCUGAUCAAUCACCUGUUACGUUUUAAGUGGAGAGAGGUCUUUGGACUUGAUGUACUCUUAACAUUUUUCCACCUUGACUACUGACUGAUAAAAGGAACUGCUAACAUCCGAGCUGUCUUUUCAGUUGUCAUAUAAAACACUAAGCCAUCAAUGACAACUGAUGAAUGCAUUAUUUGUGGACAUAUCUUCAGUUUGUAGCAGUGUAAAAUGUUUUCCAGUCUGUCAAUAGCCACCUAAUAUUAUUUGAGAUAUUACUGUAAGCUGGGAGGCGAAACAGCGUACUUAAUGUUGCGUACUUUAAAUAUGUUAGAAGUGCUGAGAAAAACUCACUUUACCAUUAAAACUUAAAAGAUUGACUGGUUUCACUUCGUCUCCAGUGGUGUUACCACACAUAUAUCAAAAAACAGUUUACAAUCAUUUAUAAUCCUUUAAUAUCUGCUACUUUUACUAUAGUUUACAUAAAGCAGUGGAGUAUUUAUUAGUAUUAGUAAUGUAUUAAAGAAUAUUUAUAUAUAUAAAGAUACAAUCAAAUGCAUUAUGCAUUUUCUUAGUUGGUCAGUGGUUUUAAGAACAAAAAAGGCACCCACAGCUUUUGUGACUUUAGUUCAUAUCUGAUCAAAUGGAGAAGAUGCUCAUUUUCACAUUUUAAUUACUCUCCACCAAGGUUUCCACUGUCUCCAGUUUUAAAGCAACAUGCCGUUUUAACUUUUCAUGCAACAGCUUUUCACAUCCACAGAGUUUACUUAUGUUUUCAGAGUGAGUUUUUAUUUAUAAUUGUCUUUGUAAAAUAAUUUUCAACACCGCCAACUGACAUCUUUGCUGAUUAACAGUGGGUGCUCUCAAGUUUUGUUCAUCUUGGAACAGAUGCACGUUUGCCUUUUUUCCCCUAAGUGUGCAUUUCAUUUCAGUCACCAUUAAAGAUGGGCACAGAUGUGUUUUUUUCUUUUUCUUUGUAAGUACAGAUAACUGAAUGAAAAUGUACACAUGGUCAACGCUAGUUAUUGAGACUGUAAAAUGUUUGACAGAUUUUAGGGUAUUUAUUAACAUGUGUGAAAACUGUAUAAUAUGUAAAGAAAAUGAAUCCUAAUUUUUUUAAGAUAUGUUGGCUUUUGAAAAUGCUUCAUGUUGCUAAUUUGCAUAUUGGAUGUUGGAUGUAUGCAAAGGCAAUAAAUAAUGCCAUCGUUAAAAAUUAAGGUGAUUAUUUUUUUCAUUGCAAUGUUGCUUUUAUUACAGUGCCUGCGAGAACACAGAGAAAUCUGCAUUUGUCUAAACACUUAUGCAAUUAAUUCAGCUCCAAAAAGCACAUAAAGGCAGCAUAAAAGUAAUCCACAAGACAUCAGUGGUUUAAUCCAUGUCUUUAGAAGUGAUAUGAUCAAUAUUUAAAUAAAUGUUUACUAUAAAUAUCCACAGUGACUUUCUGAGGUGAAAGUGGAGAUUUACAGUAAAAAGGACUUAAAUAUUGAUCUGUUUCUCGCCCACACCUAUCAUAUAACUUCUGAAGACAUGGAUUAAACCACUGGAGUCUUAUGGAUUAAUUUUGUUUCCUUUGUGUUUUUUGUGCUUCAAAGUUCACUUGCAUUGUAUGGACCUACAGAGCUGAAAUAUUCUUCUAAAAGUCUUCAUUUGUGUUAGAAAGUCGUACACAUCUGGAAAUGAGUGUUUUCGUUUUUGUGUGAACUGUCCCUUUAAACUAUAAGAAUCCAUUGAGAAAUACAAAUUAUUGCAUGUUAAAAACUAUGAUCUUUAAAACAGUGAAAUAAAUAUAAACCAUUUCCAUAUUUGUGUGAAGAUUGUUUCUAUCAAAAAUUAUGACUGUCCCACAUUUGUGGCAUCAUUUCCACCACACUAAACAAUUUCACCCCUAAUAAAGUU